AUGACUGAAAACGCUUUUCCCGUCCAUCCAGUGGACGUGAUCGUCAACUUUUACAGAACAGAAGUCCUUACGGGUGAGGAGGCCAAACAUUUCGCGAGGAGCGACUUGACUCCAUCUGCGAAGACAGAAACGGUUCAAAUGCUCUACAUGAGCGUGAUGCAUCAGCUCUUUCGUUUCAGACCUGAAUGUCGCUCCAUGGUUCCGCUCCUGGAAAACAUUCAGCAUCCUGAAUGUCACGAGAAGUCAACUGCUAUCCUCAGUGUUUACGCUUGCAUGCGAAAGUUUCUGCCAGUUUGUCUUGUGUACGACUUCUCACUUAAUGACCUUCUAGCACCAAAAAAACCGAGAACACUUACUAUUUUGAGCGCCAUCAUGAACUAUCUCCAAUUCAGGAAGCUGAGGAUGGCUGCGAUUUCGGAAAAGGAAGCCAAAUUGAGGUUAGUCUUGGAAAAGCAGCAGACCUACGCAAAACAAAUCCAGGAAGCAGAGGAAAAAAUUGAGAUCCUGACGACUAUUCCACCAGAGCAGCAGGCUGAAGCUAGCAAGCUGGAAGCUGCCCUCUCGGAGCUGCAGGCCAAGACCACAGAUAUAUACAAAGAAGUGAAAGCAAAAAAUGACAUUAUUUCAGAGGGGAAAUCCAUAAUUGCGGAGAAAACUCAGAAACUGGCCCAGUUCAAGAUUGAUAUAGACAAUGUGAAGGAACACAUAAUGAAACUCAAGUCUCAAAUUGUGGAGUCACCAGAGGACCUGAAGAUCCAAAUGGAGCGCAUGAGGGAGGACGUCAAAAACCUCAAAAUCUCUAUUGGACAAACUGAUGAUUAUGUAGUGGAGCUUCAGAACAUGGUCCAGAGACUGAGCCACAUUGAAAUGGAGAUUCAGCAAAUGACUAAUUUGCUGCAACACUUGGAAACAAGCAUGACUGCUGCCAAGCAGCAGGAUGAGGAAAAUCAACAGCUCAUAGCUCAGUCUGAGCAAAAGCAGAAUGAGCUAAAGAACCUGAUCAAAGAGGAGGAGCAGCUGAGGCGAACUCUUACCAUGAAACAGGAUAGGGAGGCUAAACAUAACCUCCGGAGGCAAAAGAAGAAGGAGCAAAAGGAGGAACGUGUCCAAGAUGCGUUGAGAGACUGUGACAAACUACAUCAGAAGCAUGAGGAAAAGGCAGAGAAAAUCCAACAGAUUUUGAGAGAGAACCAACAGCUGAAAGUCAAGAUCCAAAACAUUGUGGACGACUGUAGAAAAAGUACAGAGGCAGCGCAGGUUAUGUAUGACGCACUUUCUGCUGCCAUGGAUGAGAUGGACCGGGGAAUUGUGAUGCGUAUGACCACUCUAAAAGAAGAUGCCCUCAAAAGGAUGCAAAAAUGA